AUUUAUUGUGUGAUUGCGGGUGGAACCAGCACUCUGCUCCUGUACUAACCGGACGCGCAUCCUGUGAUUUCGCUGACUAAUACUCUGCCUCUGCAAACAUGGCUGACAAACCUGACGUCAAUGAGGUCACAACCUUUGACAAGACCAAGCUGAAGAAGACGGAGACACAAGAAAAAAACCCACUGCCAACCAAAGAAACCAUUGAACAGGAGAAGGCAGCAUCCUCAUGAAGACCAGUCCUCCUGCUGUACAUUCCCCAAGCUGUCACUAUCAACAUGCAUUUCAAGUUUAAUAACAUCAUUGACAAAUGGCUGUACAGCCCACACCAUUCACUUGUCUAGAUGGCCCUCUGUACAGUAUGGAAGUGUGGCUUUAUCACCUUUGGGACCUGGUCAUCUGUCUGUAUCCAGUGUGGCAUUGAGAAGUGAAACAACUGACAAACCUACACUUGGAGAUUUAUAGCCCUACUCUUGCCAAUUCUAACAAGCCAUCUAUUAAAAACCUGGAAUGCGCAAGUUUUGUUUAAUAUGCACAAUAAAAAAAAUUGUAAAUGUAA